UGAACAUUUUGCAUAUUUCGCACCCAAAAAAAAUAAACUUCGUCUCUUUUCACAUACCAUACACACACCACACUUAUUAUAUACCUACAUUAAUCAUUACAUCAGUCCAAUUUAGAGAUGGGCGUCGGACGUCGUAUGAAAAAACAAGGUCCACCUGAACCAUUAUCAGAAGAACAUUUCGCAAGACUUAAGCGUAAAGCUGGUCUACCCGUCGACGAUGUCCCCGCUGAGGCGCCAAAGAAGAAGCAGCGCAAGGCAUCAACAGGAACCGCACCCGAUGGAGCGGCUUCGAAGACGAGAAAGGCGCAUCAAUCAGAGAACGCCGGAGCCUCAGCGACCCAUGCGUCAAAAUCUCGAUCGAAUCUCUCCUUCGCGCCCCCGUCAAAAGAGGCUAGUCACGGUCAUCGCAGAACUACUCAGGACAUUGAUCGCACAGUCUCCGGAGCUAGCAAUGGAGUGGGUGAUGACAAGACAGGCCGAGUUGGAAGCGAUCGCUCGGGGAACCGUUCAGGAGGACCCUUAAGAGGAGGAAUUUCCAGGGGAAUUUCAGAAGGAUCCUCAGACCUAGAUGAUGACGAGAUGGAUGUAGAUGCUCUAGGAGAUGAUUUCCUAGGCUCAGAUGAUUCGGUGUAUGAUUCAGAUGCAGGUGACCAAAAUGGAAAAAGAACAAUGUUCUCGGAAGAUGAAGACGAAUCGGAUGCUGAAGAGAAGCUGACUGCAGCAAACAUUGUCGGGUUAUCGAGGAAACUAGAUCAGCAGAGAGAACAAGAGGAGGCAGAGGCACAGGCCGAAUUGGAAGAAGCAGCACUCCAGACCAACAUUGAACGACCUCACGUCCUUGAUGACGAUGACGAGGAAGACGACCUCGCACUCAAGACCAAGGCACUCUUAGCCCCCGACUUGCAGUUACUACGAACAAGAAUUACCGAUACGAUUCGCGUUUUGGACGACUUUUCGACUUUGGCGGAAGAGGGACGAUCCCGAACUGAAUAUACGACACAAUUGCUCAAGGAUAUCUGCGCCUACUAUGGCUACUCAGAGUACCUAGCUGAGAAACUGCUUAACCUAUUUCCAGCAAGAGAAGCCUUUGCAUUCUUUGAGGCCAAUGAAACGGCGCGACCUGUUGUCAUCCGAACAAAUACUCUGCGAACGCAUCGCCGGGAUCUUGCUCAAGCUCUCAUCAAUCGUGGCGUAACCCUUGAACCUGUGGGCAAGUGGUCCAAGAUAGGACUUCAAGUCUUUGAGAGCAACGUUCCUCUAGGUGCCACCCCCGAAUAUCUUGCAGGUCAUUACAUUCUCCAAGCCGCUUCCUCUUUCUUGCCCGUCAUGGCAUUGAUGCCCCAAGAAGGAGAACGAAUUCUAGAUAUGGCCGCUGCCCCUGGUGGUAAAACGACACAUAUGGCCGCUAUGAUGAAGAACACAGGAUCUAUCUUUGCCAAUGAUCCCAGUAAAUCUCGUGCGAAGGGUCUCAUUGGUAACGUUCACCGUCUUGGUGCACGAAACGUCAUCGUUUGCAACUACGAUGCCCGAGAAUUCCCCAGAGUUAUGGGUGGAUUCGACAGAGUACUCCUCGAUGCCCCUUGCUCUGGCACGGGUGUUAUUGCCAAGGAUCCCUCCGUGAAGACAAACAAGGAUGAGAAGGACUUCAUGGUCUUGCCGCAUACACAGAAGCAGCUACUUCUAGCCGCCAUCGACUCGGUCAACCACGCAAGCAAAACUGGUGGCUAUUUGGUCUACUCUACAUGUUCCGUUACCGUCGAAGAGAAUGAGCAAGUUGUUCAAUAUGCACUGAGCAAACGGCCCAAUGUCAAGUUAGUCUCUACUGACCUCCCAUUUGGCAAAGAAGGCUUCACUAGCUAUAUGGGCAAGAAAUUCGAUUCCAGUCUACGUCUAACACGAAGAUACUACCCGCACACGUACAACGUUGACGGUUUCUUCGUCGCCAAGUUUCACAAGAUUGGCCCGACUCCCGCAAACUUGGUCAGAGACAAGCCUGCCCAAGGCGCCUCGGCGCCGCGCAAUGAGGAUGAAGUCUUCGACAAGACACCCAUUGCAGCAGACGAGGAUACACCCGAGGGAGCUCGUGAAAAGGACAAUUUCGGUGGCUUUGACGAUGAUGAGGACGACAAGUACAUGGAGAGGGCGAAGCGCAACGCCAUGAGAAAACGUGGUCUGGAUCCAAAGGCAUUGGAGAAGCCCAAGGCAGAGGCGAAUGGCGCUGCGGUUGCCGAGAAGGCCGCGAAUGGCGAAAAGCCCACCAACGGUGACAAGGCCAAGAAGAGCACGAACGGCAAGAAGGUCGAGAAGGUUGUCGAGAAGGCGGAGGCCGUGGUGGAUGACCAGAAGGCUAAAAAGGCUAAGGGUGACGUGAAGGUCAAGAAGGCCGGAAAGGGCGAAAAAGGAGAUGGUCAAACGAAGAACAAAAAGAAGGCAUAGUUUUGUUUCUAGGUGAUUCGGGGGCUAUUGGGCCCAGCAAUAUUGUAUUCCUUGCAUUCAAUACCAGAGGAAAAGUUCAUGCCACGAUGUCAGGGAUAAUGCUUUGCGAUUAGGCUAACUUGGAAGAUCGUGAUUGAGUCUUCUGUUGGCUACCUCAUGAUAUCAAAUAGCAUGGCCUGAGAAAACUGUAAUUAUUUCACAUGAGUCCCGUUUUCAUUGCAGAUAUAUUGACUAGCCUCUACAUGCCUACAUGUGAUGCUGCC